CCUCAGAGCCUGCCAGGACACACAUGUCUGUCCAGCCUCCACCUCCUUCCCUUUGCAAGAUUAAAACGGCCCCAGCAGCCUGCACCUCCCUCCCUGCUGGGUCCUGCGUGGGGCAGGAGGAGCCGUCUGCACCCAUUGCCACUCUCUGCUACAGGACUCAUGAGAGGGAGGCAGGGAGUGUGACUAUAUACACCACGUAUUCACAUGAGAGAAGUGAAGAAAGCCAGCAGUGAAGAUGAAAAGCAACUGGAAAAUUACAGCUUUCUUUUACCUGUGUAGUUUUCUGUGGUCUUUCAUCUCAGCCACCAUCCAGCAACAAUCAAGACUACCAGUCAUUCUGGGUGCCAGUCAGAGAACUGAUCUCUGCCCAACAAUCAGGAUUGGCCAAGAUGACUUACCAGGCUUUGACCUGAUUUCUCAGUUCCAAAUAGAAAAAGCUGCUUCCCAAGGAAUAAUCCAGAGAGUAGUGGGCUCCACUUCUCUCCAAGUGGCUUACAAAUUGGGACCCAAUGUAGACUUCAGGAUCCCAACCAGUGCCAUAUAUUCCAAUGGAUUGCCUGAUGAAUAUUCCUUUCUAACUACUUUUCGGAUGACUGGGGCGACGCUUCAGAAAUACUGGACUAUUUGGCAGAUUCAGGAUUCUUCAGGAAAAGAACAAGUUGGAGUGAAUCUUAACGGUCAAAUGAAAAGUGUUGAGUUCUCUUACAAAGGAGUGGAUGGAAGUCUCCAAACUGCAUCAUUUUUGCAUUUGCCUUUCUUGUUUGACUCCCAAUGGCACAAACUUAUGAUAAGUGUGGAAGCAAACAGUGUCACACUUUUUAUUGACUGUAUUAAAAUAGAAUCCUUAAACAUAAAACCAAAAGGGAAAAUCAGCAUUGAUGGCUUUGCUGUGCUUGGAAAACUUAAAAAUAAUCCUGAAAUUUCAGUUCCGUUCGAAAUCCAGUGGAUGGUGAUUCACUGCGACCCCCUGCGACCCCAGCGCGAAGGCUGUGGCGAGCUGCCGGCCCGGAUAAGCCAGACGGUGAUCGAGAGAGGUCUCCCUGGGCCACCAGGCCCCCCAGGUCCGCCAGGGCCACCAGGAGUUCCCGGUAUUGAUGGCAUUGAUGGGGAGAGAGGUCCUAACGGCCCCCCUGGUCCACCGGGUCCAGAUGGGGAUGCAGGCAAACCAGGAUCCCCGGGCCUGCCUGGAGAGCCAGGAGCUGAUGGAUUCACAGGACCUGAUGGCUCACGUGGAGUCACAGGACCAAAAGGACAGAAGGGUGAGCCAGGACUGCCAGGUGCUCGUGGACUUCCGGGCAAGGGGCUUCUUGGACCACCUGGUCCAGCUGGUGCAGCAGGACUUCCUGGGGAAGUAGGUCGUGCUGGUCCACCUGGAGAUCCAGGAAAAAGAGGGCCACCAGGGCCACCAGGACCACCAGGUCCUCGGGGAACAAUUGGCCUGCAAGAUGGUGACCCGUUGUGUCCCAAUGCUUGUCCACCUGGCCGCCCAGGACAUGCUGGCUUAAUGGGAAUGAAGGGACAGAAAGGUUCAAAAGGAGAGUCUGGUGAACCCGGAAAACAAGGUUAUAAGGGUGAAGAAGGGGACCAAGGACCCAGUGGUGAAGUGGGAGCUCAAGGCCCUCCAGGCAUUCUAGGUAUCAGAGGUAUAACUGGUAUAAUGGGACCUAAAGGUACCAAAGGAGCUCGUGGGCUUGAUGGUGAGCCUGGGCCCCAAGGUCUUCCUGGUGCACCUGGGGAUCAAGGACAGAGAGGUCCAUUGGGAGAGGCAGGUCCGAAGGGAGAAAGAGGCCCUCAAGGUACAAGAGGAAUAAAUGGUCUCCCUGGGCCUAAAGGAGAGUCUGGCUUACCAGGAGUCGAUGGCCGGGAAGGGAUCCCUGGAAUGCCUGGAGCAAAAGGUGAACCAGGAAAACCUGGAGCUCCAGGUGAUGCAGGGCUUCAGGGACUGCCAGGUUUACCAGGCUCUCCAGGUGUGAAAGGCAUUCCUGGCCCAAAGGGUAAUAGAGGUCCCCCUGGGGUGCCAGGUUUGAUGGGAAAUUCUGGUAAACCGGGUGAACAGGGACCAGAGGGAGAAGCAGGUCCAACAGGACCCCGAGGACCACCAGGUAGCAGAGGGGAGCCAGGUCCUGCGGGUCCUCCAGGUCUACCAGGAAAAUGGGGUCCCCAAGGUGAUAUUGGACUUCCUGGACUGCCAGGUUCUCCAGGCCUACCUGGUGGUAAGGGUGACCGGGGUUCAGUGGGGGAACCAGGACCUAAGGGUGAACAAGGUGCACCUGGAGCAGAAGGAGAUGGAGGAGAAAAGGGUGACUUAGGUGAUAUGGGAUUACCAGGAGCAAAGGGAGCUGUUGGUAAUCCUGGAGACCCUGGCUCCCGUGGGCCUGAGGGAAGUCGGGGACUGCCUGGCAUGGAAGGGCCACGAGGUUCACCUGGACCGCGAGGCUUGCAGGGUGAACAGGGUGCCCCAGGUCUGCCUGGCAGCCAAGGUCCAGCUGGAAAAGAACCAACCGAUCAGCACAUUAAGCAGGUUUGCAUGAGAGUCAUGCAAGAACAACUAGCUCAGCUGGCAGCCAGUCUUAAAAGGCCAGAAUUUGGUGCUCCAGGUCUUCCUGGCCGACCGGGGCCACCAGGUGCUCCAGGGCCUGCUGGCGAAAAUGGCUUCCCAGGACAGCUUGGACCUCGUGGCUUGCCUGGCCUUAAAGGUCCCCCUGGUGACAUUGGUCGUAAAGGUCCUAAAGGUGAACCAGGAGAAAGAGGAGAAAGAGGAUUUCCAGGCAGAGGACUGAAAGGUUACCCUGGACCAAGAGGUCUUCCAGGUGAACCAGGCAAACCCAGCUACGGCAGGGAAGGCCGUGAUGGUGAACGAGGUCUCCCCGGGGUGGCCGGUCAGCCUGGGGUUCCUGGUCCUCCUGGCCCCCCCCGGCCCUCCCGGGUACUGCGAGCCGGCAUCUUGCAGAAUGCAAGCUGGACAGAGAGCUGGUAAGAACAUGAAAGGGCCGUGAACGGGCACCCAAAGUGCCACGAAGUGUCGGCAUCAAUUUACUUCCCGCACAGACAGCUGAGUAAAAAAUAAGGAAUGAAGGAGAAAUACAAACAAGAAGAAACCUUUCAACCAAGGUUGCAGUAAGGCAUUUUUAACACAGUGGUUGUGCAUUCUUUCUAAAGGUGUACUUUAGCAACACAAGCUGGAACAAUGGUGCUUACAGCAAUACACAGGUGAUGCCUUCUGGCUCUUUUUCCCUUUGGGGGAAAAAAAAAAAGGCACUUGUCUGUCUGUUUUGGUUUUUUUUUUAAUAAAGAGUUUCUGUGAUUUUUCCUCCUCCCCUACUUAAUUCCUAUGUACGAUGUACAGUGAAAUAACAUGUCUUCAGUCAACAAAUAAAGAAGGAACAGUUUAUUUCCUUCAGUUGUAGCUAUUCUUUUAUGCUUAUAAAAUAAAUUCCCGAGCGCGCCCGAGCAAAUUACAUCAUGUCAUGCACAGUCAUUUCAUUGUAUGUAUGUGCUGUACAGGAUAUGCUAAGCCUCCCUCAGCUCUUCAGUUCAAUUGCAGAAACCCAGCUGGGAGGCUGUUCCUAGGAAAACCUACCACCCCUGACACCUUUUAUGCUGUAAAUCUCUGUAAAGGUAUGAUCGCUGGGUUGUCAUGAAUAAGCCAUGUGGAAUAACCUCUUCAUUUUCCACUCCAAUUUGUGUUGCAUUUGUAAUUUCGUAUGAAGCCUAUUCCAGCUUGCCUCCUUCUAUGUGAAAUGAAAAUAAAAGGCUAGUAGCCACUGUUGAGGGAAUUUUAAGUCCCAGAAAUAUAGAAGUUUUAUAGUAGAGAUUACAGAUUUUGAAGUAACAUCUGUGGUUGUACAAAAAGCAAAUAAAUAAUGUUUUAACUCCCUAUAUGUUUUUGUAUGUAUGGUUACAUUCAAUACCAAUAAAAAGAACAGCUAGAAGACCACCAUGAGACAUCCCAAGUUGCCUUUUUUUAGAUAAACUCAAUUUUUAGAGGAAAAUGUGCAAUGUGGAUAUUUUGUUUCUCUCUGUAUAAAUUAAACUAUUUGUGAUUUUGACUUUA